AUGCCUGAACCAGCCAAUUCCGCACCGGCGCCCAAGAAGGGCUCCAAGAAAGCCGUGACCAAGAGCCAGAAGAAGAAUGGCAAGAAGCGGAGGAAGAGCAGGAAGGAGAGUUAUGCCAUCUACGUGUACAAGGUGCUCAAGCAGGUCCACCCCGACACCAGCAUCUUGUCCAAGGCCAUGGGCAUCAUGAACUUCUUCGUCAAUGACAUCUUCAAGCGCAUCGCCAGAGAUUCUUCCCGCCUGGCUGACUAUACUUCUGCUUUAAAACAACCUGCUAUAUCUGAUACAAGACCCCGGGUUGCUCACCUUGUUGUGGGAUGA